GUGGAGGGCUGAGGCACGGCAGGUGGGGCUGGGAUCACGUUCCUACAGCGUACAUGGAGAAAGGUGUGAGUUUUUCAGGAAUUGUCCAAAUGGAUGAAAAUGUACAUUACUGUGAAGUUGAAGAUGUGGUUGGAAGUCACGUAGAAGAUGCGGUAACAUUUUGGGCCCAGAAUAUCAGUAGAAAUGAGGAUAUUAUGAAGAUUGCUUCCUCACUGUCUGAAGUUUGUCCCCAUGCUAAUUCAGUUUCUGGAAAUCUUGAUCCAAAGAAGAUUUAUGGUGGAUUAUUUUCUGAAGAUAAGUGUUGGUACAGAUGCAAAGUACAGAAAAUCAUCAACGAUGAAAAGUGUCUGGUGAGAUACAUUGACUAUGGAAAUACCGAAAUUCUAAAUCGAUCUGAUAUAGUUGAAAUUCCUUUGGAGCUGCAAUUUUCUAGUGUUGCCAAGAAGUAUAGACUUUGGGGACUACAAAUUCCUUUUGGCCAGGAAGUUACCCAAUUUGAUCAGGGCAGAAUCUUUUUGGGGACCUUGAUUUUUGAAAAGGAAAUAAAAAUGAGAAUUAAAGCAACCUAUCAAGAUGGAACAGUUAUUGCUCAAGCUGAGUAUGGCAGUGUGGAUAUAGGGGAAGAGGUGGCUAAGAAAGGAUUUGCUGAAAAAUGCAAAGCCACUUCCAGUACUAACAUCUUUGAGGAAAAGAAGUUGGAUCCUGGUCAGCUUGCUCUGAAGAACCUCAAAAGCCCCAUUCCCUUGUGGGGGCAUAGAUCAAACCAAGCAACCUUCAGCAGGCCAAAAGGGCGCUUUAGUGGGAUGUCUACUCUUGACUUGAAGAAUGAAAAUGAUGCAGGAAGUCAUAUGACAUUUCCAAAGGAAAGUUUGGCUGUUAGUGACUUCCAUUUAGGGUCUGAUGUCAGCCUGGCAAAAAUUAAGCAGGACCAGAAACUGAUUGAAGAAAAUGAAAAGCUUAAAACAGAGAAGGAAGUUAUUCUUGAAAAUUAUAAGGCAUUAGAACUGAAAGUAGAACACACUGUCCAGGAGCUGCAGCAAGAGAAAGCUGCUGCCAUGGAUUUGACUGCACAUUUGGAAAGCGCUCUGAAGACUCCUAUAGGCAACAGAAUGAAAAACCUGGCAACUAAGGUGGAAAUAUUGAAAGAAAUUAGGCAUGUCAGCGUCAGUGUUCGUUAUGGAAGUGACCUUUCCAAUGCUAUACAAGUGUUGGAUGAAGGGUGCUUUACUACCCCAGCUUCUUUGAAUGAAUUAGAGAUAAUUUGGGCAGAGUAUAGUCUAACUCAAGAGAAGAUUCAUGCUUGUCAAAAUGUGAGUGAAGGGAAUAUUUUGAUUGCCGAAAGGAAUGAGAUGCAACAGAAGCUGUACAUGGCAAUAGAAGUUUUUAUUGUGGAAGUAGAUGAGUUACCUCUUGAUAAACGCUUAAAAAUGUUGCAGGAUUUGUCAACCUCUUUAGAAACUGUGUAUGGACAGCCCAAAGAAGGAACAAACUCUGAAGGAAUACUUAGAAAAUUUUAUGACUGGAAGUGUGGUAAAAAUGAGGAGUUCACCAAAGUUAGAAGUGAAACGGAGGCUUCUCUACGGUGUCUUGUAGCAUGGUUCCAGAACACCUUAAAGGUUUUUGAUUUAUGUGUGGAAGAACCACUGACUUCUGAAGACACAAUUGGUAAUAUUGAUGAAAUUCUGGAGAAGACUGAGUCAAGUGUCUGCAAAGAGAUGGAGAUAUCUAUGAUUGAGCAAGGUGAUGCCGACAAGGAGAUCAUAUUAAAUACAUACAGUCAUGUACUUCAGAAGAUCCGUUCAGAGGAAGGACUCAUUGCCAUGGUACAAUCCAAGUACAAGGCCAGUACUGAGUUUAAAAAGCAGAUUACUGAAUGUUUAAAUAAGAGCCUCAAUGUGGAUCCCUUGCUGUCCAUUAAGAAGACACUGAAAGUCUUAAAAGCUCAGCUGAGAUGGAAAUUGGUUGAAAAGCAUAAUUUGGAAGAAUCUGAUGACUGUGAUGGAUCUGAAAUUGAGAAAAUGAAACAAGAAAUAACUCAGUUACGCAAUAGAGUGUUUCAGGAAAUUUAUCAUGAGAGGGAGGAAUAUGAGAAGCUGAAUAGUUUGGCACAGAAGUGGUUUCCUGAGCUGCCUCUGAUUUAUCCUGAAAUAGGAUUACUUGAGUACAUGAACUCUGGUGGCCUUCUUACCAUGAGCUUGGAACGGGAUCUUUUUGAUGCUGAGCCCAUGAAGGGACUUAGCAGCAAGCGUCCUUUGGUAUGUUCUGAGAUUAAUGGGCAGAUAAUUCUUUUAAAGGGCUAUUCUGUGGAUAUUGACACAGAAGCCAGGGUGAUUCAGAGAGCAGCCACCUAUCACAGAACUUGGAGAGAAGCUAAAGAAGAGUCUGGGUUACUACCAUUGAUAUUCCUGUUUUUGUGUAAGUCUGAUCCUAUCGUUUAUCUGAUGGUCCCAUACUAUCCGAGGGCAAGUCUGAGUGCUAUUCAAGCCUAUAUGCCUUUAACUUCAGAAGAGGCUUUAAAGGUCAUGAAAGGUGUUGCCCAGGGUCUGCAUACAUUGCACAAGGCUGGCAUAAUUCAUGGAUCACUUCAUCAGAACAAUGUAUUUGCUUUAAACCGUGAACAAGGAAUUGUUGGAGAUUUUGACUUCACCAAAUCUGUGAAUCAGCGAGCCUCAGUGAACAUGAUGGUUGGUGACUUGAGUUUGAUGUCACCUGAAUUGAAAAUGAGAAAACCUGCUUCUCCAAGUUCAGACUUAUAUGCUUAUGGCUGCCUUCUAUUGUGGCUUUCUGUUCAAAAACAGGAAAUGGAGAUAAAUGAAGAUGGAAUCCCGAAAGUGGACCAAUUUCAUUUGGAUGAUAAUGUCAAAUCCCUCCUCUGUAGCUUGAUACAUUGUAGAAGUUCAAUAACUGCUGAGCAAGUUUUGAAUGCUGAAUGUUUUUUGCUGCUGAAGGGAAAAUCAAUUCCAAACCCAGAAAAAGAUAUUGAAUAUACCCAAUAUAAAAAGGAAGAAGAAUUAAAGAUGGAGAACUUGGAUAAAUAUAAGGGAAAGACAAGAAAUGGUGAAGCCAGCUUUGAAUGAUAAGUUAGUAUACUGCUGUUGUUACAGAUGUUCCUUUUAAAAAUGUUUAGUUUGUUUAAUAAAAAAAAAAUCUGGAAAUGCUCUGGAACUAGUUGAGUUGUGUCUUUGGUAUUCAGGUUGUGAAUAAUAAAAGAUACUUUAUGCAAGAAAA